AUGUCUGACACGACGACGACGACGACACCGCCCCGCCGACGCAAUUCGCACCCGUCUCGUCCCUCCUUCGUCUCCAGACACUUACCCCUCCUCCUCCUGCUGUCCCUCCUCGUCCUCACGCUGGCUAUCCUGCUGCCCAACGCCUCCUCCGUCGUGCCCCGCCUGCGGCAGCUCUCCAACCACUUCCUCCUCCGCCGUCCGAGCAUCGUCGCCGCCACCGCCGCCGCCGUCACCAUGGCGUCCUCCUCCUCCGCCGCCCCCGCGUACGAGCGCGAGCUCCUCGUCGCGCAGCUCGCCGUCCAGCGCGCCGCCAUCCUCACCCGCCGCGUCUUCCACGAAAAGGCAAAGGGCACCGUCGACAAGUCGGACAAGAGCCCCGUCACCGUCGGCGACUUCGGCGCCCAGGCCCUCAUCAUCGCCGCCCUGCGCCACAACUUCCCCGCCGACGCCAUCGUCGCCGAGGAGGAGGCCGCCCAGCUGCGCGAGGACCCCGCCCUGCGCGACACCAUCUGGGAGCUCGUCCGCGACACGCGCCUCGCCGACGAUGCAGCGGAGCGUGACGUCCUCGGCGGUGCCGUUCCGAGCGUCGACGCCAUGCUCGAGCUCAUCGACCGGGGCGACAGCAAGGGCGGCAACAGCGGCCGCAUCUGGACCAUUGAUCCCAUCGACGGCACAAAGGGCUUCCUCCGCGGCGGCCAGUACGCCGUCUGCCUCGGCCUCAUGGUCGACGGAGACGUCAAGGUCGGCGUCCUCGGCUGCCCCAACCUGCCUGUCGACGACGCCGCCCGCCUCACCACCGACAUUGGCGGCGCGAACCAGACCGACGACGCCGCCGCCGGCCGGGGCGUGCUCUUCUCCGCCGUGCAGGCCCGCGGCGCCACCUCGCGGCCCCUCGCGACCGGCGCCCUCGCCGAGCCCGCCAAGCCCAUCUCCAUGCGGCCCAUCCGCGACCUCGCCGCCGCCACCUUCUGCGAGAGCGUCGAGGCCGGCCACUCGGCCCAUGACGACCAGGCCCUCAUCUCCCAGCGCCUCGGCAUCACCCAGCCCAGCGUUCGCAUGGACAGCCAGGCCAAGUACGGAUCCAUCGCCCGCGGCGCCGGCGACAUCUACCUGCGCCUGCCCGUCAAGGCCACAUACCAGGAGAAGAUCUGGGACCACGCCGCCGGCGACCUCAUCGUCCGCGAGGCCGGCGGUCAGGUCACGGAUAUCCACGGCAAGAGGCUCGACUUUGGCGUCGGCCGCACCCUCGCCAACAACAAGGGCGUUGUCGCGGCGCCGGCUGCCGUUCACGCGACGGUCCUCGACGCCGUCCAGGAGGUACUCAGGAUUAAGCAGUAG